AACAAUACAUAAGCUGACAUCGGCUGCGCCUCUCCGAGGAGUGAGGCGCUAUGCCUCUUACGAAAAGACUGCGUUCUUUAACAGAGAAAAAGAGUAAUGGUCCAAAGACAAGGCCACUUGAUGACUUCAUCAUUGUAAAUAUACCAAAAAAAGGUAAAGGUGUGCUGGCAAAAAAAUAUAUACCAAAAGGGGACACUGUGCUGGAGUAUUGUGGUGUCAUAAGGACAGAUGAACCACAUCAAAGUGAGGAUGACACAUAUAUUUUUGAAUGUGUCUUCAAAGGCAAACAGUACUGGUUAGAUGCAACGCAUGAUGAUGGAUCACUAGGCCGUCUGAUAAAUGAUGACAGAAAGCCAAACCUGAAACCAAAGAUGGUUCCGAUUUGUGGAGAGCCCCAUAUUUUCUUCUAUGCCAUCAGAGAUAUACAUCCAAGGGAGGAAUUGUUAUACUGCUAUGGAAAUGGUCCAUAUCCCUGGAGAAAUACUACAAAUGUAAAGGACUCUCCAAAUGAUCUUGUAUCCAGUAUACAGAAGGAUAGUAUACCUGUGACAGAAACUGAUGAUACUGCUACAUACAGUUCCAAUGAACCAGCAUCUGACAUUUCUGUGUCAAUGGUCAACAUCCCUGCAUCUGCAACUGAUGCCAGCAAACCAGAUACUGACCUUUUAACUACACACAGUCCUGAAUGUAUGUUACCAGAUGUAACUGAUGAAGAUGUGAUGGCUCCCUCAUCGGUUGACAAGCAUGACAAACCAUCAAAUCUACCCAGAGAUACAGUUGCUACCCUGGAUGAUGGCAUUGAUAAUACCCCAGUUUCAACGACAAAUGUACAAGUAGUUAUGAUGGAAACUGAUGAUACUGCUACAUACAGUUCCAAUGAACCAUCAUCUGACAUUUCUGUGUCAAUGGUCAACAUCCCUGCAUCUGCUACUGAUACCAGCAAACCAGAAACUGACUUUUUAACUACACACAGUCCUGGAUGUAUGUUACCAGAUGUAACUGAUGAAGAUGUGAUGGCUCCCUCAUCGGUUGACAAGCAUGACAAACCAUCAAAUCUACCAAGAGAUACAGUUGCUACCCUGGAUGAUGGCAUUGAUAACACCCCAGUUUCAACGACAAAUGUACAAGUAGUUAAGAUGGAAACUGAUGAUACUGCUACAUACAGUUCCAAUGAACCAGCAUCUGACAUUUCUGUGUCAAUGGUCAACAUCCCUGCAUCUGCAACUGAUGCCAGCAAACCAGAUACUGACCUUUUAACUACACACAAUCCUGAGUUUAAGUUACCAGAUGGUGAAGAUGUGAGAGCUCCCAUAUCAGGUGACAAUAACCAUGAUAGAACAUUAAAUCUACCCAGAGAUGCAGUUGCAAGCAUUUGUGAUGAAUUCACUCCAAUUUCUAGAGCUUGCUUUUUUGUUCUGUCUGGAUUUCGAAUUACUGAGGAAAUCAAAAAGAAAUUCAGAAGAGUGGCCAUUGCAUCAGGAUUUAGGAAAUGCAGAUACCUUGACUCCUUCUCAUCAUCUGUUACCCAUGUACUAAUGAAAGAAGAUCCGUGUGAUCGUACAGCAAAGUACUUGCAAGGAAUUGCAAAAGGGUGCUGGAUCUUGUCUCCCAGUUGGAUUACAGACAGUGUAAAGCAUAGAUGUAUCCAGCCAGAGGAAGGCUAUGAAAUAAGUGGAGACAAUGUUACUUGUUGUAUGAAUGGGCCACGAAGAGCACGGCUGUCAUCACAUGGAAUUCUACACACAAAAAAAAUAUAUGUGGAACUGGCUGAAUUAGACACAGUUACUGUUUUGGAUAUCCCUGCCCUGGUCAUGUCUGCUUCAGGCAUUCUGUCUUCAGUAAAAGAAUGUGACCUAAUUCUUUUUACAAAAGAAAAAGCAGAUUUGACUGCAGAUGACACUGAGCUUUUGAAAGAAUAUGGUAGAAGAUACGAUAAAGACGUUGUAACAGUGGAAUGGCUUCUUGACAGUGUUUGUGUUUGGACUCUUCAAAAUACUGACAGAUACACUGUAACAUCUUUGAACAAUUCCUCUGAUGAGGGUUCAUCGUCACCAUCUUUGCAAGAUUGUGAAUCUGCUGAUCCGUUAUAUGAGCCAUCUGAUACCGACACAGAUGAAGAAGUUAUUGACAACUCAGCCAGAUCAGAUGACUCAAGUGAAAUCCCAAUCUUGGAUCCCAAGGCUUUGAAUCAGACUGAAGAAAAUAUCCAAAAAGAUGGAGUUACAGUUAAACUGUUUUCUCAGAAUGAAAACGGGAAAAAAAUUUGGGAUAAAAAACACUACUGCCUAUAUUGUAACAAGCCUUUUGCAAAACUUCCUCGACAUUUGGAAACUCAGCAUAAAGAUGAAAUUGAUGUAAUAAAAUUGCGUUCACUAGACAGGCGUAGUAAAGAACAAAAAAGUGCAAGAGCUACUCUGAUUGACAAGCUGAGAAAAGCCGGUAACUAUAACCAUAACAUAGAAGUUCUGAAAUCUGGACAAGGAGAGGUUGUACCAAAGAAAAGUUUAAGUAAGUCAAGAAGCAGUGAUGAUUAUUUGCCAUGUAGACAUUGCCUUGGAUUUUACCUAAAGCAUGAUCUAUAUCGGCAUGUCAGCAAGUGUACCUUCCGUGAGGAAAAACUUGUUAAAGGGACAAGACACCAAAGUAAUAGUGCUUUUCUUCUGCCAUCAACUGCUUCAGAAAAGGCUGGUUCAGAUUUUCAGAAGGAUGUCGUCGCCGACAUGAGUGUGGAUAACAUUUCACUGUGUGCAAGAAAUGACGAGUUAAUCAUUCUGUUUGGGGAAAAGCUUUACAAAAAACAUAAAGCUUUGCCCCACAUGCAUCAAUACAUCCGAACAAAAAUGAGGGAACUGUCUCGUUUUCUACUGAAGGCACGAGAGGAAGAUGAAGAUAUAGUUACAUUAUCAGAUUGCAUCCAAGCAAACAAGUUUGAGACCUGUGUCAAAGCUGUGAGAUCAUUAUGUGGAGUUAAAUGUGGCACAAAAGCGGAUAUCCCAUCUUUAGCUUUGAAAAUUGGAUUUUCAUUGAGCAAAUGUGCCAAUAUCAGAUUAUCAAAAGCUCUGGUAGAGGGUGAUUCUAAGGUACAGGAUAAUGUGGAAAGGUUUCAGAGACUGUAUUCUAUGGAUUGGAAUACUGAAGUUUCUUCCACAGCAUUAAAAAGUCUAGAAACAAAGAAGUGGAACAAGCCUUCAUUGCUUCCACUCACAAAUGAUGUAGUGAAGUUCCAAAAGUACUUGGACCAGCAAAUUGAUGCCAACAUAAAACUUCUGGAAUCAAAAAACGCCCAAGGUUGGAGGCCAUUGUGUGAAGCUAUUUUAGUUAGCAUCAUACUGUUCAACAGAAGAAGGAGUGGUGAAGUGGAGAGGUUGUCCUUGGAUGUUUUCAGUCUCAAAAGCAAAACUGACCUCAUGCCAGACGUGAAGGAAACCCUUAACAAUUUGGAAAAACAUCUUGUGGAGAAUUUGUCAAGAGUGGAAACUCGUGGAAAGCGGGGAAGAAAGGUGCCAAUUUUGUUCCCCAAAAAAACAGAGGAAGCACUGGAUCUUCUCAUACAAUACCGAUCAGCAGCUGGAAUAGAAAAGGGAAACCCAUAUGUGUUCGCUAACAACGCAAUAGGCUAUGUACGCGGAGCUGACUGCAUGAGAAGUACAGCAUCGGAAGCAAAGUUAGAAAAUCCAGAAAAUAUGAGGUCUACAAAUUUAAGAAAACAUGUUGCAACACUUUCGCAAGUUGUUAACUUGAGGGACAAUGAACUAGACAUUUUAGCUCAGUUCCUUGGACACGAUGUGAAGGUCCAUAGAAAUUUCUAUCGUCUCCCUGAGGAUACUAUUCAAAUUGCUAAAGUGGGAAAAUUACUUAUGGCAGCAAACAAAGGAACAUUGGGAAAGUUUUCUGGAAAGUCUUUAGAUGAUAUUAGCAUUGACCAAGAAGUGUCUGAUGAAUCCGAAUCUGAGGAUGAAACUACACAGUCUACAGAAGUCAGAGAUCAAGAUGAUGCAGAUCAAGAUAAUGAGAAAGCAGGAAAGAGAAAUAGCAGAAAAUCUCUCCACAGUACAGAAGCCACUUGCAUGACACAGAAACCAGGAAGUAGGAGAACUGUAAAGAGAAUACCAUGGACAGAAGAAGAGAGAAGUGCUGUUAAAUCAGAAAUGGAGCAUUUUCUUCAUAUCAGGAAAACUCCAGGAAAACUGGACUGUGACAACUGUUUACGCAAAUAUCAAUGUCUGAGUAGAAGAAAUUGGAAAAACAUCAAAAACUUUGUCUACAAUUGCAUUCAAAGUUUAAAGAAAUGUCAUUAAAUGAUGUCUAAGUAGGCAAUAUAGACAUAAAAAGAAAAGCAAUUUCAAGUUACAUGUUGGACAAUAUAAAUGAGAUUCAUUGCAAU